AGAACAUCUGCGUUACGCGCGAGUUAAUCCCGUAACCGUUUUACGCGUGAAGUGAUCCUCACCUGCGGGAGGAUGAAGGUGACUCUCGGCUCUCUGGUGAUCACAGCCGGGAUCUGCGGACUGCUGAGCUUCGCUUUCCUGGCCACUUCCCUCGGAACGCAGUACUGGUACAUCAUAGAGAUGAAUCCCAUGAAUGUGAGUGACUUUGAGGACAUGAGCUCCCACUCGGGACUGUGGAGCAUCAACGAAGGUGAGAAGAACGUAGACUCCAUUGACUCUUUCACAGCUGACGAGUCCAGAUACUCUGAGACUGAGCUGCACAUGCUGAGUAUGCACGGUGCCAUCGUGGUGGUGCUCCCCAUCAGCCUGCUGCUGCUGCUGUUUGGCGGGAUCUGUGGGCUGGUCAGCUCUCUAGCCCGGAGCCCCCUCCUCCUCACCGGCACCGCCGCCUACUUCUUCAUCUGCAGUCUGAUGACCCUGUGUGGAGUGAGCCUCUACAUUAUCUACUCCUACCAGGCUCUGGCGGAGACGGAGAGGCUGGUGGGGGCGGAGGGUCUGGCCCACGUCCACACCUCCUUCGGCUGGUCUCUGGGUCUGGCCUGGCUAUCCUACGGCCUGGAGCUGCUCACCGGGGUCCUGCUGCUGCUGGCUGCCAGGAGGGCCAAGCAGCAGUGCAGGAGUCCCGGAGCCUGA